AGAACUUCCGCUGCAGGAACAAGGCAUGUUCAUUGUACAAGACUCUUCUGAAAGAAUACCGCGACUAUUAUUAAGGUGAAGUCUGAAAUAUGUGAUUACUUCAAAGUUGUUUAAUCAGUUAAAAACUACUUUUGUGUUCCGAUUUAGUUUGAUAUGUGUUAACCGGUUGGAGCCGCAUGUACGAAUGACCGAAAAGUAAAGGUUGCACGUUGUACAAAAUCGACAUCACCGUUUUUGUCGGCUCAGGAAUUUGUUCGCUAGCACAGCUAGCUUUGAUAGCAAGCCACCUUGUGGUCCUGUCUUGGCAUUCUAGCCUGUAUUGUGGUAUGGAUUAUUUUGAUUUUUUAAAAUCUAUAUACAGUUUCUAGUUUGAUCAGGAAUCUCGUUUUUAAAGUGUAAUUUUAAUAGUUUUUCCGCAUUUUGUUUAAUUUGAGAAAAACAGCUUUCUAGUUCACGCUUGUCUGUAUAAAAAAAAAAGGAGGGGGGGGACAUUUUGGGAGGAGAAAAUAACGUUCUCAGUGGGGUUUUUUUACAACAAAAAAACAUCCCCAAACCCAACAAUCAUGAACGGGUUCAGCACUGAAGAAGACAGCCACGACGGCCCCCCAGCGCCGCCGUUUUACGGUCAGACUUGUUGUUUGAUUGAGGACGGUGAGCGCUGCGGACGAUCAGCUGGAAACGCCUCCUUCAGCAAACGGAUCCAAAAAAGCAUAUCGCAGAAAAAACUAAAACUGGACAUCGACAAAAGCGUUCGACAUCUCUACAUAUGCGACUUCCACAAAAACUUUAUCCAGAGUGUCCGUAACAAGAGGAAGAGGAAGACGAGCGACGACGGAGGGGAGUCUCCGGACCGUGACGUGGAAGUUCCAGAGGUGGACCUGUUCCAGCUUCAGGUAAACACACUGAGACGCUACAAGAGACACUACAAGCUGCAGACCAGACCUGGCUUAAACAAGGCCCAACUGGCUGAGACUGUCAGUCGUCACUUCCGGAAUAUCCCGGUGAACGAGAAGGAGACUCUGACAUAUUUCAUUUAUAUGGUGAAGAGCACCAAAAGCCGACUGGACCAGAAGUCGGAUGGUAGCAAACAGCUGGAGUGAAGGCCACCGAUUUAACUUCCCAUUACCAAGACUUGGACACGUGUGUUUGAUAACAAGGUGUUUUCCGACAGGCAGCCAAAACUGAUCUUAAGACAGUUGUUGAGACUCCGCAGGGUAAUGUAAUGCUGUAAUGUGAAUAUGCUGAUAUGUACAAAAUGCACAGAUUAUGAAGAAAUCAGCAAGAAAGGUAGAAUGCAAUGUAUGAUAACUGCCUUAAAGAUGUUUGUUUUGGGUUUUUUUUUUUUUUUUUUUUUUUGCAUUGACUGUUAACAACUUUUGAAGAAGAAAAAUGGUUUGUGCCAAACCAGAGAGUGCAAACUUAAGAUAUCAAUAAACUGGACAGGGUGCAUUUUGUGAAUGAAAAGAUCAUUUAAAAAGGUUUUAAUAAGCACUGUACAUUUUCCUGUUGUCCAGCUAGUACUCCUUCUGUUAUCCGGUGGUGUGACAUGCAUGUGAAGACUGAGGAAGUUGAAUGAUGGAGCAUUUUGGCAGACCCUUUUCACAGUUUUUGUUUCUCUCACUCAGACUUUUCCCUCUCCUCUAUCUUCUACACUGAAACACACACAGACUGAAGUGGUGUUUCAGUUAAAAACAAGUUAUUUUCAAAUAUUGGUGUCAAAAAAAUUCUAUAUAUUUUUUUUUUCUUUACCCACUACCUUUUUGUGAUAAAUAUAAGAACAGUACUUUAGUUCAUCAUUGAUUGUAAGAUUUCUAUGUGAAGUUGUGUUUCUGGUGGGAGUAACUAUUUCGACAGUUGUUUUAGAUUUUUGUCAUUUAUCAUACUUUCAGCAUUUGAGACUAACUUUAAGCAAUUAAUUGAAGCUGUGUUCAUUAGAGUGGGAAAUGCCUUAUUACCACAAUAUAUUAUUUCCAAAGCAAACGUUGUUGCUCUACUUACACCGGCACAAUAUAGAAAGUCUCAACUUUGGAGAGCAGUGAACUGUGUUUGAACCACCUAAAUUGCUUUCACAGUGCACAAUGAGCACUCUCUGUACUUUUGCUCUAGUGUUUACAAUAUGUUAGUUCUAUUCUAUUGGAAUGUAUUUCUGAGGAAUCAUGUCACCCUGGACUUGUCAAGUCCAUUUCCUUUCCUGGCACAGUGUUGAAAUAAUGUGUUGUCUCGUGGAUCACAGUACCAACUAUAGUCACUAGAGGAAGAUGGCAGUUGUUUUUUUGUUUUUGUUUUUGCUUCCUCUGUGUCGCUAAUUAAUGACUUUCUUCACUUCAACACCACUGUAUGUUCACUGGUUUGUUUGAGUCAGUGGUCUCUCCACAGAUGAUGGUAUGUCUUUUUAGUAUUGAUUUGUUUCCAAUUUACCCCUGUCCUUAUUUAUAAGUCCCAAGAAAUAAGUCAUGUCUGCUGCGUUCCAUGUUACACCGUCAGAGAGCCAUGUCAGGUGUGUCAUUGCUGAAGUAUCGAUGGCUCUUCUUUUUUUUUGUCGCUUGUAGCCUUGUUAGCACCAUAUAGAUUUCCCCUCUUGAAUAUAUUGGCUGUGCUGCGUUAAUACUGUAAUGGCUGUGCUGCGUUAAACCUAACUGUUGUAAUAGAUAAUACGUGUAUUUAAAUAUGGCUGCGUAUUGCUUUUAAUAAACGUAUUGUACAUAGAUAA